UCUGAAGAAGACGGAAAGGCUAAUAAAGCUUGGCCGCAAUGUACCUAGGUAGGGCGGGGGGCGAGGGGCAUACUUCAUCUGAAAAACUUCAUUCAACCUCCAACGUGAACAACAACUACUCUCGCACCUCGCCCCCAUCACCAGUCGCCAACAAUGUCCGACAAAGUCAUAGCCCACCCCUCAGCAGCCUGCUGCAUCUCCGGCAAAAUCCACACCGGCGACCCCAAAGGCCGCACCGAACAAAUCCUCGACGUAGAAACCUACAUCGCCUCCCCCUCCCCCUCCAAAUCAAACGGCAACAUAAUCCUCUACUUCCCCGACGUCUUCGCCCUCUUCACCAACAGCAAACUCAUGAUGGACGGCAUGGCCGAAGCCGGCUACCUCGUCCUCGCCCCCGACUAUUUCCGUGGCGAUGCAAUUUACAAACAUAAAAAGAACCUCGCCGAUCCGAAUGAUAAUCCGACAUUUGAUUUUCCGGCUUGGUUGGCGAAACAUCAGGAAUUUUCGCAUCCUUUUGUGCCGAAGUGGGUGGAGGAGGUGAAAGCGAAGUUUGGGAAAGAGGGGACUAAGUAUGUUUGUACGGGGUAUUGUUAUGGGGCGCCGUAUGUUUGUGAUCAGCUUUCGGAGAAGGGGAUUUGUGAGGCGGGGGCUUUUGCGCAUCCGGCGUUUUUGCAGGAGUCGCAUUUUGAGAAUGUUAAGAAGCCAAUAUUCCUCUCUUGCUCCGAAAUCGAUCAAACAUUUCCAAAGGAGUUCCGCCGCCGUGCAGUUGACAUUCUCGAUGAGAAGAAAGCGCGCUAUCAAGUUCAAGUUUUCCAAGGCGUCAGUCACGGAUUUGCCUUGCGCGGCGAUAUGGAUGACAAAUGGCAGCGGUAUGCAAAAGAGGCCAGUUUUCAAGGUAUCCUCGACUGGUUCGAUUGGUGGACAAAGUAGUAAGUAGAAUCUUUUGGGUG